AUGUCUCUUCUGAAAGACAGGAAAAUUGAGGCUGCACAAACUUAUCCUGUUGAGCAAUCUAUAAUUCAAGCCUGGGAGCGUCAACAGGAUGUUCAUUUAAUCAAUCCUCAUUUUGAUAUGUUAGAUAGUUGGUCUUCAGAUGGUGGUAGCAUUUCCUCAUCUUCCUCUUGCUUUUCUGAUGAUCACUGUAUGGACUCUGAAAAUCUAACUCUACCAUCUAUACCUUUAAGUGGAUUAACAGAAGAAAAACAUUUCAAUUCUUUCAAGAAUACACGUAGGCUUUCACAUGAUCAAAAGAAUCCGCUUCAUUACUUGAAAUCUGCUGGUGUCUACACUAGUAAAGAAGUUAUUGACCAGGCUAUAAACCGUUGGGAGUCGUAUAAGAAUUUAUGUCAUCAAGCCCUUUACAUUUUAAGACAACAGCUUGUUGACGCCUAUAUUCCUUAUGCCAUAGAGGAGAGUAAGGCUAGUCCAACCAAGCCAGCCUUCAAUGAGACAGAUACAAUACCUACUCUACCAGAUCGUGUACAACGUAGACAACAUGCUGCUCAGAAAAUGUUGCGCCACUCUGUUAAAACUGCGAAUCAAAGACAUUUAGCUUGUGUAUCUAAAUUUGCUAUAGUUAGUAAUCGUAUAGCGAAAUGGUGUAGACCACCAACUGCAAAUCAACAAUGUCGUUUUCGUGAUCCUACAACAACAACUUGGGAAAAACAUUGUACAAAUUCAUGUGUCCCUUUAUUACCUGUAUGCUCUUAUCAUUUAGUUCAAAUACGACCUGCACCAGACUACAUUAUGAAUUCAUCAUCGAAUAAACAACAAAUAUCAAGUGAUGAAUUGAAUUCAACUAAUUACGAUGAACAGGUUAAUGUUAAAUCUGAAAUGUCAACAAUUGAAUGUGAUGUAAAUAAUAAUAAUAAUACGGUUGAUGUCAAAUCAUCAAUUAUAUCACCAAAUACAACCAUUUUAAAUAAUCGUAGUCGUAAUUCAUCAUCAUGUAGUGAAUUCUCUACAUUAAAUUUUGAUAAACCAAUAAAAUUUGAUGAUCAUAACGUGAAGUCACAAUCUUCACGUUUAAAUCGUUGUAGCAAAGGAUAUUUUGAUCAAACUAGUGUUAUUAAUCCCAUUUCUCCAACUGUACAAAUUUCACCACAAUAUUUAUUCCGUCGCUGUGGAGGCGGACCAUCUCAAAAUUGUCCGGAACCGGUCAUUGCAUGGAAUCCUUUUAUUCGUUGUAUAUACCAUUCAACCAUCACAUCAGUUUGUACUAGCACAUCUUCUAUAGAUUUAAAGGCUACUGCAAAAGAUAUUUUAUCAUAA